CCGACGACAACGCGGCCUGCCGAGAUGUCUGCCCAGCGCGCGGCUGGCCGGGAGCACAUCCCCAACUAUCCCCGGGGUUGGGUGGUCCUGCGCUCUCUUCAGCUUUUCUUCUGUCUCCUUAUUCUGGGACUGGGAGCAUACUCGCUCUAUCUCAUCCCUUAUGCGGUCGGCUCUGCUAUGGCCAUGUUCACAUCGGUCAUCACUUUUGCCAUUUCCAUCUGGCUCAUCACUGCGCACACGUGUCAACCCAGGUCUUUCAACUACUGGGCUGCGCUUGUCUUCGACCUCCUGCUCUAUAUUUGGUGGCUCACCUCCUUUUCGCUGUGCGCCGUGCAGGCCGUCGGCCUCUUCGCUCUCAAGAGCGCCUACUGCGACUACUAUGAUAGCGACAUCUACGACGACAACUACGGAGAUGCCUAUAACAAGCUGUGCCACAAGGGUAGCCGAAACACCAUCCACGGCGGAGUUGUCGCGGGCAUGGCUGGCCUUGGCGCCCUGGAAUUCCUCUUCUUCUUCAUUUCCUGGGUCACCGAUGCCGUCGUCAUUCACAAGCACCGACGCGCGGGCCUUCAGAACAGGCCCGUUAAGCCCGGUAGUGCAGCCGCCCCCUACCAAGUUCAGCUGCAGCCUCAGCUGAAGACCAACUACGAGGCCGUGCCUCAACAAGGAGUGCCCUUCCACGCUCAGGAGACGGCCUACAACCCUCAGGGCAUGUACAACCCUCCGACUCAGGGCUUUCCCCCUCAACAGGCUUCGCCGUACUCCAACCACUCCCCAUACCCAUCGCAGUCGCCGCACCAGGCGCACCCUUACGCCCAGCCGCCACCCGUGGUGGCGCCUGCCCCUUAUAACCCUCACCAGGGGUACUGA